GGGCUCUAUGGGGCUGGAGGAGGGAACUUGCCAUGGGACUCUGUCCGCCCCGCGCACCGCCGCACGUCCCUCGCCAUGGCUCGCAACUUCGAGCUCCUCUUCGAGUCCCUUGGGCACUUCGGCAGAUACCAGGCGGUGGUUUACUUUGCCUCUGUGUUCCAGUCUAUUUCUUGUGGCAUCCAUUAUUUGGCCUCUGUCUUCUUAGCUGUUACACCAAAGUUUGUAUGUAGCAUUGCCGGAAAUGUGAGUCAUGUCCUCAUUUACAAUUCAUCUCGUUCAAAAGUAGAGGAUGCCUGGAGUCUCUGGACAUCAACACAAAGCUACAUCUUGGUCCAGCUGGAAAAUGGAGAUAUUUGGGAGCUUAAUCAAUGCAGCAGAUCUAAACGAGAAAAUGCUUCAAGAUUUAUUUAUGAAUAUAGUGGCGACAAGACUGAUUUUCUGUGUACUGAUGGAUAUAUCUAUGACCGCACCAACUGGCAGAGCACCAUUGUAACCGAGUGGGAUUUGGUCUGUCAGCAGGAAUGGCUUGCAAAAUUAACCCAGCCAACAUUUAUGCUGGGAGUCCUUUUUGGAGCUGUGAUCUUUGGAGAUCUUGCAGACAGGCUGGGGAGGCGGUAUAUCCUGUGGCUCACAAGCACUGGACAGUUUAUAUUUGGCAUUGCUGUGGCAUUCACAUUUAACUACAACAGUUUUGUGAUUGUCCGUUUCCUUCUUGCAAUGGUUUCAAGUGGCUACUUGGUGGUAGUGUUUGUUUAUGUGACUGAAUACACGGGCAUAAAAGCUCGCACCUGGGCAUCCAUGCACAUCCAUGCAUUUUUUGCCGUGGGAAUCAUGGUUGUGGCCCUUGUGGGCUACUUGGCACGGACCUGGUGGGUCUAUCAGAUCUGCCUUUCUGUAGCAACUCUCCCCUUUGUCUUGUGCUGCUGGAUGCUCCCAGAGACACUUUUCUGGCUGCUCACAGAGGGAAGAUAUGAAGAAGCACAAAAAAUAAUUAAUGUAAUGGCAAGAUGGAAUAAAGUAAGCACUCCUUGUAAAAUUGCUGAACUGUGCCCGAUGCAAGAUGAUCUUGUCAACAGCAGAAUGGGGGAUCGUGACAGUUCUCCCAUGAAGAAGCACAGCGUCUUAGAUCUGUUCCAUAACUGGCACAUUGCAAGAAGGACCAUUACAGUUUGGCUGAUUUGGUUCACUGGGAGUUUAGGAUAUUAUGUAUUCUCCCUCAGUUCUGUGAACUUUGGAGGCAAUGAAUUUUUAAAUCUGUUUCUCAUAGGUGCUGUGGAACUUCCAGCCUAUGUCAUUGCUUGCCUAGGAAUGGACAGAAUAGGGCGGAGGAACACCCUGAUCCCAUUCCUCAUCAUGAGUGCAGUGAUCUGUGGGGUGGUGAUGCUUAUACCUCAGGAUUUCAAUACUCUCAGUAUAUUAGCAAAUAUGGCUGGAAAGUUUGCAAUAGGAAUUGCAUUUGGCCUUAUCUAUCUGUACACGGCAGAGCUCUAUCCAACAGUUAUACGAUCCCUUGCUGUUGGAAGUGGGAGCAUGAUGUGCCGAGCUGGGAGUGUGGUUGCACCUUUCUGUGUCUAUCUGUCAAGUGUUUGGAUCUUCUUUCCACAGUUGAUUGUUGGAAUCAUGGCCUUCCUGAGUGGCGUGUUAACACUGUUGCUGCCAGAAACACUUGGAAAACCGUUGACAAAUACGUGGGCAGAAGCUGCAGAGCUCGAUGACCAGGUCACCAAAAAGGGCCGUUCAGAAAAAUCCCUUCCAGCACAGAGGGAUGCAGCACUGGAGAAAAUGGAAAUGCUAAGCCGAGGAGCGCAUGGCACCCAUGCAUAAAAUCAUCCCUUUGGUUUUAGCCACUCUGUGUGAUUUUAUUUGCAGCAUCUUAACCGACAGUCCAUGUGCCUUGGAAUUCUCAGGAAGGGAGACGUAUGAACUAGAUCCUUGUUCAGGAUGCUUUUCUGAAUCAGCUGGCUAGCAACUGGAGUGGGUAAUCUGAAUUACGCUUUUUCUGAAACACACACACACACACAGAAAGAAAGAAAAGGUUCUCCUUCAGAGUUCCUGUUGUUUUUUAUGCCCACAUAUUUUAAAAUCAUCUCUCCGAAUCCCUUAUACUGGCAACAGCCAGCACCAGAAGACAUAAACUAGAAGCUCAUGAGUUCAGGAAGCAUGGCAAUGCAGAGAAAACUCACUUUCUGUUGCAGUGAUUCCUGUGUACAUGGAAGAUGCAGCUGUAUUUUCUAUGAUUUUGCCUUAUUAUGUAAAAUGUCAUCGCUUAAGGAAAAGAAAUAGGCAUUCUGUAGCUUUUAUGGACCUGUCCUAGAUGUCAGCAUUACGCAGAUGGAAGCAAAAUACUGCUUUUUGAUGCAGUUUUGGUAUGCUUGGAAGAGCACAGCUGAAAUCAGAUUGUCUUGGAGGUAGCACUCAGACAUAUCACUCAAACUCUGUGUAAUUACUUACACAGAGUCUGGAAAAUGUAUUUUAUGACAUUUACCCUUCUCAGCAAAUCUGGGAGAAAGGGGCCUGGGCACUUUUUGAAGAAAAUAUGCAGAGAUUGUCAGGAAAACCAAGAACAAAUGAAAAUAGAAUAUGGUAAAUCAGAGAUGUUGAAAACAGCACAUACAGGAACAAGAAACAGCUUUGUGAGGUUAGGCUCCAGCUACUGAAUCAGGACCCUUGUACUUUGUUCCAUGGCUGAUGUUGCACAGCCAUUGCAUGUGUUCUGCAUAUAGCACAUUAAUUCUGAGCAAAGCCCUUGAUGAUUUUUCAGGGCCUUGCUAAUUCAUUAUCUUAUUCCUUCUGGAACGGAAACAGAGACUAAUGGGUAAUGGGUAAAACCAGCCUUUGAAAGAGCCCUUUCCCUUUUGCUAUCCAUUCUCCAUCAGCUUCUCCAGGAUGGAUCAGUGCUUUCUGUCCCUGCCCCAACUCUCCUGGGUUUUGUGUGAACCUAUAUUUGGUGCUCUUGAAACUGGAAAUAGGCAUGUGAGGGUUUUCAUGCCUCUAAAAGCAAACAUGUACAUUUUGUCCAGAAUCCACACCAGCUUUUAAGAAUGUGUUGUACUCUGACUAUAGUAUACUUACUGUGUAAUUAGAUUGAUUAAAUAGUGUACACAAACAGAAUGUACCGGACAUCUUUUCCAGACAUUUUACAGUGGAUUCUUAAAUGGUUUGAGCUGAAGUUACUAAUGCUUUUAAUUAAAUGUUUUUAAAUUCAAGAAAGAGAAAUGGAAUAGUCAAGUUUACUGACAAUGGAAAUUGCUAGCUAACACUCACAAGAUGACAAGAACAAGAUGCAGGAAACUAAGUCUUUUCUACCAUCUUGUAGUGACCUGGGUACAGCAGCCCCAGUUCGCACAUGCCAAAACACAGUAUUAAAUGCAGAUUUCAUCCCUUUAAUUUCAGACUCUUUCCACCCCUGCUUUCCUUUAGCUACCUGUCCUGAUGAGAAGUUCUGGAGGUCUUAAAACCUUGCAAUCUUUCAGUUGGUCCUAUAAAUACACUGUUCCAUUAUAUAUUUUGUAUUUUUUUCUUAUGCCAUCACAAUUGCCUUUGUCUUUGGCAAUAUAAUAGUAGAAUCUGUGUUACGAUAGUUUCUGACUGGGAAUUGAACACAACUUGAAGGUGACUUUACAAU